AGGCAGGGCUGUUUCCAGGCUGAGGCCAAGCCUCUUCCUUGCACAGUUUCAGAUGUCUCAGAAGAAGAACCUAUUAAUCUGCCAGAGAAACUGAGCCCAGCGGUGUCCAACCCAGGGAUGCUACACCCGCUGAAACCGAGUGCAGAGGAGACCGUCAUUCCAUUGGGACCUGGUGUCACCGGACUCAUCCCAGCAGGACCCAGUGUGGAGCGGCCCACCCCAAUCGGACCUGGUGCCACAGGGCCCAUCUCAUUUGGAGCUGGUGUGGAGGGCCCCCCCAUUCCAUUGGGACCAGGUGCCAGAGGACUCAUCCCAGCAGGGCCCAGUCUGGCGGGACCCAGGGUCACAGGAUCAAUUCCAGCAGGACCUACUGCAAAGGCACUUCAUACAGCAAGGCUCAAGGGCACAGAGCCCAAAGUAGUAAGGCCGAGCCACGGAAAGCUGAAGCCUGAAGAGACAGCCUCUGAAGAGCUGAAUCCAGCAGAGUUAGAAGAGCUGACCCCGGAAGAGAUAGAAGCACAUACUCAGAAAAUGCCUGAAAAGAAAAAAGUGGAAGAUCCGACUGACGAUAACCCGGACCUGGGAGAGUCAUAUAAGGAUGAGACGUAUCAAGAAGAUCCCAAUAUGGAAGACGUCAAUGUGGAGGACUCCUAUGAGGAUGAAGAACAGAACUCAAGGACGAAUCUUAUGGGGAUGUUACCAAACGUACCAGGAAUUGGAGGGCUAUUACCAAACGUACCAGGAAUUGGAGGGCUAUUACCAAACGUACCAGGAAUUGGAGGGCUGCUCCCUCAAGGGCCAGAUUCUGGAAAGCCUCAACCUUCACAUCCAGUCAUUUCAGUGCCAAAAAUCCCUUUGCCAGGCGGCAUCAAUUUGCCAGGCAUAAAUUUACACUAUAAGCCAGUUAAACCCAAACCUACCCGGCCGCCGACAAGGAGGCCCAUUAAAUCUCCUGGUUGCGUCAGGAGCCCCCUCCGAGGCCUGAUGCUAUUGCCUCCCCUUCUGUUGCCUGGAAUCUUCUGA